UCUGAACUGUUUGAUCCGAGUUGUACCGAUUUGUUAAGUGUGUUAGCUACUUUUGACUUUUAUGCUCUAGUUCACUUUAAUUUCUUAGAGAAUCACCAUGUCGGUGGCGUUUGCACCUCACAGGCAGCGUGGGAAAGGUGAUAUAACACCCGCUGGAAUACAAAAGUUGCUUGACGAAAACAACCAGCUGAUCCAGUGUAUAAUGGACUUCCAGAGUAAAGGCAAAACAGCAGAAUGUUCACAGUAUCAACAGAUGCUGCACAGAAAUUUAGUGUACCUGGCAACGAUAGCAGACUCCAAUCAAAACAUGCAGUCUCUCCUCCCAGCUCCGCCCACUCAAAACAUGCCCAUGGGCCCUGGUGGGAUGAACCAAAGUGGACCCCCCCCUCAGCCUCCUCACGGUCACAACAUGCCCUCUGAGGGUAUGGUCAGCGGUGGCCCUCCAGCCCCGCACAUGCAGAACCAGAUGAAUGGACAGAUGCCUGGGCCUAAUCACAUGCCCAUGCAAGGUCCUGGUCCAGGCCCCAACCAGCCCCCAAACAUGCCCAGUGGCUCUAUGAAUAUGCCCCCCAGCAGCCAUGGCUCGAUGGGUGGUUACAAUCACACUGUCCCAUCUUCCCAGGGCAUACCAGCUCAGAGCCAAAUGAACAUGACCCAGGGCCAGCCCAUGGGAAACUAUGGGCCUCGGCCAAACAUGAACAUGCAGCCCAACCAAGGCCCCAUGAUGCACCAGCAGCCUCCCUCUCAGCAGUAUAACAUGCCUCCUGGUGGUGGUGGGCAGCACUACCAAGGACAACAAAACCCAAUGGGUAUGAUGGGUCAGGUCAACCAAGGGAACCAUGUCAUGGGGCAGAGGCCGAUGCCGCCCUACAGACCCCCACAGCAAGGACCCCCUCAGCAGUACCCAGGGCAGGAAGACUACUAUGGGGACCAGUACAGUCACGCAGGACAGGGAGCCUCAGAAGGUAAUGCCCAGUAUGGCCAACAGCAGGAAGCAUACCAGCAAGGCCCUCCCCAGCAACAGGGCUACCCUCCUCAGCAGCAGUACCCGGGUCAGCAGGGCUACCCACCACAGCAGCAGGGUUACGGUCCCUCCCAAAGUGCCCCAGGACAGUAUCCUAACUAUCCUCAGGGGCAGGGACAGCAGUAUGGGGCCUAUCGCCCUCCUCAACCUGGACCCCCACAGGGCCAGCAGCAACGCCCCUAUGGCUAUGACCAGGGGCACAUGAGGAAAUAAAGGCCCGGGGAUUUGAACCCCUGACUAGCUCUGUAAGAAGCAAAGGGCCAAUAUGGAAAUUACCAGCAAUGAGAGAUGGUCACAGCAUCCCAACACAGAUCUGCUCUGAUCUCUGUCUGAGCUUUGACCUCUGGUCAACUGCUAAGCAGACUUUAAAUGAUUGUUGUGGCUCUCUGUGAUUUCCUCAGACACUCGAAAAUACAAGAUACGUUCCCCCCUCUCUUUGGGCUCCUAUCCUCGCCUAAAAAAAAUGUAUUCUGUUACACUGACUUGACUCAAAGUCCACAACUCACCCUCUGGUCCAGUACGUCUCAAAGCAGCAAUGCCUUAAAAGUGGAACUGCCUUAUACUUUAGCAUUGCAGAUUGUGAAAUGGGCUAAGAAAAAUUUUGGAUAUCAGAGAUGACUUACAUGUACAGUUUCAAUCUCCUGUGGUGCAUUGUUUCUCUGUCCUGUAGCUCCUUGUUCAUAAGAAGCAAUAAUGCCAGCAGUAGUAGGGAAAUGUGUGGGGGCUCAGAGAUGAAAUAAUGCACCAGACGAACUUCCCGCUAGGCCAUGGUACGUGUCUCGAUGUAUGUGAUGAUGUAAAAAUAUAUUUUAUGCUUUUUAGAUCAAGCUAACUUUGUAUAAGACAUUGGAAACUAGUACUAAAGCUGUGUUGUUUAUUUCAUGAAGUGUAUGUGUCAAUGUUUUUUUGUUUUUUUUUUAAAAUGAUCCCAUCCAGCACAUUUUGUUUUUUUAUUUUUGUUGCGUUGAAUUGUAUAACUAUUCAAUUGGAUCUGCUACGUAAGCGAUUGGGACACUGUAAAUUCUAUGUGUAAAAAUGGAUCUUGAAUUGACAUGCAUAGAAAAUCUUUGAAGGACAAAUAUGAACAUCUUACCCAGAAUUAGAAAAUGCUUCUUGUCUGACCACACACAAAACAGUUGCUUUAUCCUGUGUUAAGCUGUAUAUGUAAAAAAAAAAAAAAAAAAAAGUCUGUGAAAUUUUGAUCAUGAAUAACAACAUAACCUGGCAGAAUAAUGAUCAUUGGCCUUUAUUUGACCUGAGUGCCCAAAGAGGUGAUACAUAGCAGAUGCUGCUGCUGCAAAUUGUAAGUCAGUGCUCUCUGGAGCCUUUUUUUCUUUAUACAAGCACCUCAGUCUUGUCCGUUGACUGCAAAUUAGUGAAUGGGAAAGAUCAAACUUGGUAUAAUAAAUAUUUCUGACAAGUACUUUGGUUUUUUUUUUUUAAGUCUUGACAAUGCUGGAAUCCCCUUUUCCCUUUGAAUAAACGUCUAAGUUGAUGUCAUUCAAAUAGUGUUGUGUGUGAAUAAUAAAGAUUGUUACUGUCAAAUAUGUAACAUAAGAUGUGAAAAUAAUGUUCUCAAAUGGAUUCCUUAAUUUCACAGUAAAGACUGGUUGUGCAGUUUUAUAUCACUGGCUUGAUAUCUGUUUUAUGGUGCAUACUUUAUUGAUCCCAUAUGUACAGCGGCGUAAAGACGAGGAAUUCAGUGUCCUCCGAUAUUGUUUAUAUGGCUGUUUUAAUAUUUGGCAUUCUGCACCCCAUCCAAGUGGUCACAUUUGUGUCAUGGCAAUGUAUAACUGUACAUUACAAUAAAUUGGAAGAAUCUUUAA